GAAAAACAUCUCUGGUUCCCUUUUUGUUUCUUUUUUACCCCUUUUAAUUAAUGGUCUGAAUUUCCCCCCUUUUUUUUAAAAAAAAAAAUCAAUUUGUUAGAUUUUUUUUUUUUUAUAGUCCUCAGAAAAAAGAAACGAAAAACCAUUUUCUUCAUUUUCAGUCCCUAUAUAAUUCACACACCAAGCAUCUCGCAGCUCUUCUCCUUCGCCUUCUCUUGAUAAAGCUUGUGUAUUUCGCGAUAGUUUGUAUGUACAUAUUCUUCCAAUCGGUUUGGUAACUGAAUUUGCAUUUGGUGAUCUAAUUUAACACAACUGAAGGACGAAUAAAAGAGUGGGGAGGCAUAGGAAUAUAAUGAGCCUGCCUUCUGUUCUUAAUCUAAUUGUGCCUCCCCGCAGAUCUUAGUUUUCUGCCAGAUUUGGCGUCUUCGCCGUUUUGAACCGAUAAAAUGCAAUCCGACAAUGGUAAGUUAUUUGUUGGCGGAAUAUCAUGGGACACGAAUGAAGAACGGCUUAGAGAGUAUUUCAGUACUUAUGGGGAGGUUGUGGAAGCAGUUAUCAUGAAGGAUCGGACGACAGGAAGAGCCCGUGGAUUUGGUUUUGUAGUUUUUGCCGACCCAACUGUUGCAGAGAGAGUCAUAAAAGAGAAGCACAGCAUUGAUGGAAGGAUGGUUGAGGCCAAGAAGGCUGUUCCAAGGGAUGAACAGAGCAUACUGAGUAGAAACAGCGGUAGCAACCAUGGUUCUCCAGGUCCAGGCCGCACAAAAAAGAUAUUUGUUGGUGGUUUAGCAUCUACAGUUACAGAGAGUGAUUUCAAGAAGUACUUUGAUCAAUUCGGGACAACAACAGAUGUUGUAGUUAUGUAUGAUCACAAUACUCAGAGACCAAGAGGCUUUGGAUUUAUCACUUAUGAUUCUGAAGAAGUUGUUGAGAAGGUCUUACUUAAGACCUUUCAUGAACUGAAUGGCAAAAUGGUUGAAGUCAAGCGUGCAAUUCCUAAGGAACUAUCACCUGGGCCAAACAGAAGCCCACUUACUGGAUAUAACUAUGGUAUGAAUAGGGUCAAUAGUUUCCUAACUGGCUUCACCCAAGGCUAUGCCCCUGGUGCUGUUGGAGGUUUUGGACUGAGGAUGGAUGGUAGAUUCAGUCCCGUUGCAAGUGGCCGAAGUGGAUUUUCUCCAUUUGGAUCUGGCUAUGGGAUGAAUAUGAAUUUUGAGCCCAGUUUGAGCCCCGGAUUUGGAGGGAAUGCAAAUUUCAAUAACAAUCUUAACUAUGGUCGGGCAUUAAAUCCAUAUUAUAUUGGAAGCUCAAGUAGGUUUGGGAGUCCUAUUGGAUAUGAUGGUGGCAAUGGAGGAAACAAUUCUUUCUUCAGCUCAGUAACUCGGAACUUGUGGGGAACUGGUAGCCUUAAUUAUGGAACAAGUUCUGCUAAUUCCAGUGCUUACACUGGAUCAGGAAGUGGGAAUGUUGGGGGAAAUAUUUAUGGCAAUGCUGGAGUCAAUUGGGGUGCUCAAGGUACAAUGAACGUGUCACAAAGUAGUGGUAACCUUGGCUUUGGGGGAGAUGACAAUAGUUAUGGUUUGGGAACUGGAGGUUAUGGAAGAAACAGUGGUACAAAUGUUGCUCCAACAUCAUCACACUCUGCAUCAAAUGGUGGUUUUGAUGGAGCUUUGGCUGAUUUAUACAAUAGUAGUUCAGUUUACGGGGACCCCACUUGGCGGUCUUCAAAUUCUGAGCUGGAUGGAUCUGGUCCCUUUGGUUAUGGACUUGGUGUUGCAGCUUCAGAUGUUUCUGCUAAAAGCUCUCCUGGUUAUGUUGGUGGUUAUACUGUUAAUAAGAGACAGCCAAAUAGGGGAUAAUACUGAGGUUUCUUGCAAAGUCAAAGUCAAGAGAUGAAAUGAAUGAAAAAGGCAUGACCAUGAAGGCUUUUUAAGUCUUAGUUUCUCUGUAUUGUUGAUUCUUCUGUCCCCAUCUCUACCAAUCAUAUCCAUCAUAUCAAUUGUCACAUUUUGGUUGAAAGGGCAAGCUUCCUGUAUGGACAUUCAUGUCUUUCAAUAGAAAUAAUUGUCACUCAGAUGCUAGGCAGCUAUUGUUCCAUUAAGUAUCAACACAAACUUGGGCAGUUUAUCUGGAAGUUUAUAUGGUUUGGAUUUUCCCCUUUUCAAGUCAUGUGUAAAUAUACACUGUUGGAAUAACCUGUCGUACUUCUUUUCUGUUUAUUUCCUUUCCUAUUUGUUGUCUGCUUCCCCCCCCCCCCCCGGCUUCUCAUUCUCUGUAAUCCUUUUGUUCAUAUUUGGACCUCUUAAUUUACAAUAUUCCUAAAAGUUUGGUAAAUAAUAAAAUAUAAUGGCAUUGUACAAUUCAUAUAGCCGACUCCGUGUGAUGGGAUAAAGCUUCUUGCUGUUGUAAUAAUCCUUUUGUUCAUAUUUGGACCUCUUUUUAUGCAUUGCAUCUGCUUUCUGUAGAUCUACUUGUGUAAUUUAGUUUAUUUCCUUGAUUGUCAGUGCUGAAUGUAUUUGCUCUAAAAUAUGCAGCACGUAUCCAUUUCUUGGCGUGGUUUUGUUUUUCUGGCUAAGAUGUUUUGGGCAGGGUAUAAGAAAGAUAAAUGAUGCCAGAUGGUGAUUAGUUGAAAUCACAGAAACAGAUUUACCCUUUAAGAAUAAACCAGUUUUGUCUGUAGCAUAUGUGAGAAAGAUAUAAAAUAUGGUAGCAUUGGGGGAUGUUAUGACAGUUGAUGAUUCAUUUUUUCCUAAAUCCCCCUUUAUUCUCUAUUGUUGUUUCUUUCACGUCCCUCUUCUCCUAUCAACAGAAUUAACCCUGACCAGAAUGUUUAAUAUUGUAUGUCAUUUUCCCACAUCACCACGUGGCCUUUCCUUUAGCCCUGCUUGCAAUAUAGCUGUAUUCAUGUAUCAGAGAUAAAUGGGGUUUCUACUGCAUGACAGUCUAUGAAAGAAUUGAGAGAAAUAUGAGUCUUAAUAUGGGAAGCAUGGAUACGAAUAGAAUGCAGACAUAGUUCAUUUUUAAAGUGUCCCAUGCUUCAUAUAUCUUGAUGCACAAAGAUAGGUUUCAAAGAAAAAAGAAUAAGGAGGGACAUGGGGAAUCUUGUGCUGAGCAGAAAGUAAAAGCUGCACAAUGGAGAGAUGCUCACUGAACCUUAGCGAGAAUGAGAAAAAAGUGACAAUUGAGGACAUAAUUUCCAUCCCUCCAAAAGACUGCCACGUAUUAGUUCAUAAAUUUGUUAUAUGAUCUGAAGCAUUUAUUGAACUCGUGAGCAAUCAUGACUGAGAUUAGAUAGUUGAGAAAGUGACCAAUGAGGACUCAUUAAUGAUAGUUCGUUUUCUGGUAUGAAUUGAGUAAUGCAAUGCUCUUAAUGCCAACACUGAAACCUCUUGU